AUGGGUUGUCUAUAAUCCAAAAAGAGAAAUAGAAUUGUGGCCAUGUAAACAAUGAAUAAAGAUUAAGUUUUCACUUCAACUGCUGACAUCCAUCAAUUAUAUAACUUUGGAAAAGUAUUAGGAGUUGGCUCUUUUGGAAAGGUUUUAUUAGCAAAAAUGAAACAGAACAAUGAAAAACAAUAUGCUAUAAAAGUAAUAGAUAAAAGGAGAGUAAAAGGGAAAGAAUCAUUACUUGCUAAUGAAAUAUUUGUGUUAUAACAGCUAGAUCAUCCAAAUAUUAUUAAGUUUUAUGAAGUUUAUUAAAGUGCAUUAUAUUUUUAUAUUUGUAUGGAUUAUUGCUAAGGUGGUGAAUUAGUAGAGAGAAUUGCUAAAUAAUAGGCAACAUUAUCAGAAGGUUAAGUUUAGAGUAUUAUAUAAAAAGUAUUGAGUAUUUCAUUUAUAGAUUUGUUCAGCUAUAGUUUACAUACACGAUUUAGGUUUGGUACAUCGUGAUAUCAAGCCUGAAAAUAUUAUGUUCAGUGAGAAAGAUAUAUAUUCAGAACCAAAGUUAAUUGAUUUUGGAUUAGCCAAUAAAUAUGAUACAACUCAUAUAAAGUAUUUGAAUGUUAAAUAUAAUAAGACGAUUAAAAACAUUUGUUGGAACUCCUCUUUAUUUACCACCAGAAGUAAUUGAUGGAGAAUAUGAUGAAAAAUGUGAUGUAUGGAGUUUAGGAGUUAUGCUAUUUAGUUUAUUAUGUGGUUAUCCUCCUUUUUAUGGUAAAAAUAGAGCUUAAUUAUAUGAAAAUAUUAAAUCACAAGCAGUUUAUUAUAUUUAUAUUAUUAUUAUUAGCUUAUUUUUGAUAGACGUCAUUGGAGAAAUAUAAGUGAAUAAGCUAAAGAUUUAAUUUAAAAAAUGUUAAUCAAAACACCUAAAAAAAGAUUAUCUGCUAGAGAAUGUCUUAAACAUUCUUGGUUUACUAUUUAAUUUUAAAAUAUAAAAGUUUAAAGAGAAAAAAGUUAAUAAUUAUAAAUUUAGAAUCAUCAAGAUAAUAGAACUAUUUAUUAAAUGUUAAAAAUGUUUAGAGGUGGAGCUAAAUUUAAAAAGGAAGUUACAAAAGUACUUAUUAAUUAAAUGAAUGAAAAAGAAUUACAUCAUCUAAAAUAAGUUUUCUAGAAAAUAGAUGUUGAUAAUUCUGGAACUAUAACUAUAGAAGAAUUAAGAGAAGCACUUUAGUAAGAAGUAUUCAUACUCUUUUAUAAUAGGGAUCUCCUGCAUCACUUGAAGAAAUUGAAUAAAUUAUAUAGACUAUUGUAUUAGAAGAUGAUGAAUAAAACAAUAAUUUAGAAUAAGAUUAAGAACCUUCUCCUCUUGUUAUCAAAUACACUGACUUUUUGGCUGCUUGUAUUGAUGAAAGGAAAAUUCUAACUAGAGAAAAAGUAUUAUUAUUCAUCUAUUAAUUAUUUUAGUUAUGGUCACUUUUUAAAUAUUUUGAUACUUUAAAUGUUAAUUAUAUAACCAAAGAAGAUAUUAAAGAAGCUUUAGCAAGACAUGGAAGAUAGAUGUCAGAUGAAAAAAUUGAUUAGAUGAUCUUUGAAAUUGAUCCUAAUCAUGAUAAUAAAAUUAGUUUUGAUGAAUUCUUAUAAAUGAUGGGGGUUGCAGGAAUUGAACAAACUAUGAAUAUCACAGAUGAAGUUAAAGAAAUCGAUAUUUAAAGUUGA